AUGGUCUAUUGCGGAAAGCCUAGCAGAGGCUGUGGUCAGUGCCGGGCCCGCAAGGUCCGAUGUGAUCAGGCCCAACCCGCCUGUUCGCAGUGCUUGCGGGCCAAGCGGGAGUGCCCCGGCUAUCGAGACCAGUUAUCGUUAAUGUUCCGCGAUGAGAGCAAAUCAGUGGUGAGGAAGGCAAAAGCGGAGGCAACCUCGAGUUCUCCUGCUUCGGCCAAGACCACGAGAUCGAAGCAGACGCGAUCGACUCGCAUUGAUUCCCCGGAGGGGCAACGUACAGCAUCCCUAAAUGGGAAUUCUUCGCCCCCAGUCAACCUUUCGGGGCCGGAUUUCCCUCUGAACUUCAACUCGGCUCCACAGUAUAUUAUGCCCGAUGCAUGGGAUAUUCCUAUGGAGGUUCAACCUGCAGCCCCGACCAAGGAUGAUGCGAUUUGUUAUUUCAUGCGCUCCCAUGCCUUCCCGGGCGCAUUUUGGAAUACCGAGAUGAUGUCCAAAUUCCUAAUGCAGUCGGGUGGACCCACGAGUCAGAGUGCCAUGCAGGCAAGUAUGGGCGCCGUGGCUUCCGCCAUGUUGUGCCGUGUUAAAAAAGUCACGUCACUUAUGGAGGUUGCUCGAAAGGAGUAUGUCUCCGCACUAACGCUGUUAAAUGGUGCACUGGCCAAUCCUGAAGAGGCCAAGUCCAAUCAAGCGCUCGGAGCAGUCGUAUUGCUCGCUAUAUACGAAGUUGUCACUUCGAGAGCCCCGCAGGAUAUUGAUCUCUGGACUAACCAUAUAAACGGAGCCAUGGCCCUCCUGGAGAUGCGUGGUCCCGAUCAACUGAAAACAGAAACUGGCCUUCGUCUUUUUAUGCAUUUGCGGUAUCAGAUUAUCAUCAGCUGCAUGCAACGAGACGUUCGAGUCCCCGAGUCCCUCUUGGAGAGCUCGCGGUAUAUCUUAGACCUCCGUCCGAGCGAGGCCUAUGGCAAUCGAUUAAUCAUUAUCAUCGGUCGGCUGUCUAACCUACGGGCCGACGUCAUCGCACGCAAAAUAACUGAUGACCAACAAAUUAUCGCGGGCGCCUCGGCCAUUGAAGCCGAUCUAAUCGCUUGGCUCGCCGGUCUACCACCAAUAUUCUCAUACGAAAUCCACAUGAAGGAUCGCUUCGACUUCCAGUUCCAGCAGCGAUGUCGGGGAUUGGCUCUCUACGACGACCAGUAUCAUGUAUACCCCAAUCUAUGGUCUUGCAACUCAUGGAAUCAAUACCGCUGUGCCCGCAUUAUUGUUAGUGAAAUGAUUCUCACUCAUAUCCGACAAAUGUCGGAUUCCGCCUCGAUGAGGUCCCUCUCGGAGGAGUUCCGAGAACAAUGCCAUUCCCUCCGGGCCACCAUUCGUCGCCUGGCGGUUGACAUUUGCCGGAGUGUGCCUUACUGCCUGGGUGUGCACCAUAGUAAACUAGACCCAACCCUACCACCGCCGGAUAGCUAUCUUGGUGGUCUAGUCCUCCUGUGGCCAAUGUACUUGGCCGGCACCGCUGAGAACCCAACCCAUCCGCUUCGUCGGUGGGUAGUGCAGUGUCUACGCAUGAUCGGUCACACCUUUGGCUUGGACCAAGCCCUAGCACUAAUGGACAUUGUCGCUGCAGACCCGGGAAUUCUUCACGGUGUGACUGAAGAAGAGCAAAGUCGCAUCACCGAGGAGCCUAACCCGGGAAUGUCAGCCUCACAAUCCCCUUUGAAAACGGACAAUGUUUCUAUCCAUCACUCACCCGGCUUAAUGGAAACUUUCUGA